AGUUUGUUUGAAAUUGAAUUAAAUAACGAUUGUUGAAUCUAUCUGUGCGUCUAUCUGGUAUCAAUCGUAAUGAUUAAGCUACAAUUAGUCACGCCGAUGAGUGCAAGUGGCGGAUAAAUGAUUUUUUCUUCAUAGAUGAUAGUUGACUAAUUUGAGAUUUUUUAAAAUUUAUUUUUAAAGUUAGAAAAAUAAAUAAAUAUCAAAUGUGGAUUAAUGAUAAAAAUGAAUAUCAAGAGACAGAAAUGUGUUAUUAACGAAUAUUAUUGAAUAUCAGUAACUUACGAUAAUUUAUACGAAGAAUAAAUGGAGUAUCUGAGAAAAAGAUCUUUAAGCGAAAUCAAUGUGGAAUAUGUUUAAUCAAAAUGUAAAAAGGAUUUAAAAAUACGAUGAAACUAUUUUAAAUGUAAUAAUAGGAGGAUUUGUACAGACCAUGUCUUCUUCAGUGUACACAUAGACAACAAUUUCUUUCACUGAGAAACGCGGAGCAUAAAAACAUAUUAAAACAACUGUUCGCAGUUAUCAAGUAGACGACAUUCAGCAAUGCCUGUAAGUGUAGCCUUUUUCCGGAGGGAACAGACGGACUGGUCGCCGAGGCAGCGCCGCAUGGCGGACAUACGCGUCCCAGAGAGUACCUUUUACAUGGAUGAGAUGCAGCAGUGUCAGGAGAUGUAUGAUCGUCUGCAUCUUGACACAGACGAAGAAGAGUCGGAGCAGAUUAUCCCACCAUUUCCGCUUCUUCGCGGCCACACAAUGAUUAACCAAUCACGACCGCUAACAUAUUCACUGCGCACAGCUAAUAAGAGCUCGCGACCUUUUUCGAUCCGGUCCGCGCCUUCGUUUAUGUUUAAGGACGAUUCGUCAUUAACAGAUAAUUUCAAAACAUUUGCUAAUGAGCAGACUCAAGAAACUCGAACACACACUGCAAAAAGUGCAAACACAGAUUGUGACCCUGAUGGGGAAGGCCACCCUAGGGAGAGAGGCCGAAUGGAUUCAGAUCAGUUACGUGAACAUCUACAACGACAUGGGUUUGGUCUACCAAGAAUUAUUCACAAAAAUCAAGUUUACCGAAGCGCAUCACAGACUCUUCCAAGAAAUUAUAAAAACCGACCUUUACCUAAAAAUCCAUCCAAACGCGAGAAAAUCAAAGGACGGGCACGCCUUGACCAGGAGAUGGCUAAUCUUAGAGCGCUAGCAUUCUGUGAACAACAGACGCAAACUAAAGCAUUUCGGACAGCCUCGGCUAACAUGCGUAAUAGAGACGUGCAGUUCAUGGAGGAAGAGCUCAAGGAACAUCUAGCACGUGAGGGAAAUGACGUCAUACUUGAUGACGAUGAAGAUGACAACUCAAGUAUUGUGCACAUGCCUAUGGAACGGGAAGAGCUUUUUGUAAGGAUCAAUACGUGGGUGACAGAGGUUGAGAGUUCGUGCAGGGUGUAUAACAGUCACCAUGACGCAGUGCAGGAAGUUAGAUAAUACAAAACCACGAUUCUCUCGUUUAUCAUUUACUGUGCCUAAGAUCAUAACAGGUCACAUGUGUGCUUCUUUAUCACUUACUGUGCCUCAGAUAAUAACAGGCCAUAUUGGUCAUUGUUUAUCACUUACUGCGCCUAAGUUCAUUACAGGCCAUGCGUAUUCUUGUUUAUCACUUACUACCGUACACUCCUAUGGUAGUUACAGUCCAUGUGUUUCAUUGCUAAUCAAGUUCUGGGUGUAUAUGCCAAAGAUAAUAGAAAAAAAAUCAUUCUUCCCUGAAAGGUCAUAACAGGCUAUGUGUGUUCGUGUUUAUCACCAAGUGCCGUAUGCGCCCAAGAUAAAAACAGGCCAUGUGUUUAUCACUUACUGUCGUAGUCGCAUAAGAUCAUAACAGGACAUAUGUUUCCUUUUUCAUCGCCUACUGCCGUUUACGCAUACGAUAUUAACAGGCCAUGUGUAACGUUGUUUAUCUCCUACUCCCGUAUGCGCCUAAGAUCAUAACAGGCCACGUAUAUCCUUGUUUAUCACUUACUUUCGUAUGCGCUUAAGAUAAUAACAAGUAAUAUGAAUCCCUUUUCAUUACCUACUGUCGUAUGCCCCUAAGAUCAUUACAGGCCAUGUGUUACUUUGUUUAUCACAUGCUGCCGUUUACGCAUAAGAUAUUAACUGGCCAUGUGCUAUUUUGUUUAUCACCUAUAGCCGUUUACGCAUACGAUAUUAACAGGC